AUGUCGGUCCUCACAGAUCCAGACUUCCUCCUGCACGCCCUCCAGCUCUCGUACCUGCGCCAUGUCCUCCCCAACCAUGCCUCGCUCUCGGCCACGACCACCUCGACCUCGAUCGCAGUCGGCGGCGGCACCGCAGCCUACAACCUCGUCGACUUUGCCUCGCCCGACGACCUCGCCGCCAACAACCCCUACAUCGCCCUGUCCGGCACCGCAGACCCGCAGCGCUGGCCCGAACUCGGCAGCCGUCCCCCGUCGGGCCGCAGGAGCCCGCCACUCGCGCCCCAACUCGCGCGAGACGCAGCGCCGAGGCGAGGAGAGCGGGCAGGAGGAGGGCUCCAGUACUCGCAGACGAUCGGCAUGGGCGCCGCGAGCGCCGGCAUGAAGGUCGAGGGCGGCAGGCCAAGGACAUGGAAAGGACGGGGGCGGCUGUCUCGAGCAGGGGACGACGUCGACGGGUCGAGCUCUCGCCCAUCUUCGCCGCCAGACGGUCUCGCGCCUCCUCCUGUCGUCAUCCACUCGCCGACCAAGACGCCCCGCCAGACGCCCGCCAUUCGUGCCGCCGAUCCCUCGAGCGCCGUCGACCUGGCCCCGGUCCCGUCGACCUCGUCCCUCGCCGACCGAGCUCGCCUCGCCAGCAGGCGCUCGCUGUCGUCGUCGAUCAGCACGGGCGGCGUCGGCGCCUCGGCUCCUCCUUCGCCGGGCGACGAGCCGCCGCGUCCGCUACCGAGCGCGAGGGACCGCCGCUCGAGCCAGUCGCUCUUCAACUCGUCGUCAACUUCGACGCCCGUGCCCUCUCGGCGGCGUCGCACGAGUCGAGCGUCGAGCAGUGGCAGCGCCGACUCGGACUUUCCCGACGGCCCGGCGCCGUCGAGAGCGGGUCCGCCGCCGCCGCGCCAGGAGGUCCCCGUCUUCCAGCUCCCGCCCGGCCUGCGCGUGAGGGAGCGUCGCAGGGUGAACGUCCGCCCGGGCGACGUCCUCGCGCCCGGCGCUGCCGCACCUGUCGCGCCUCGACCGCCAUCCCCCUCGUCGUCGGUCGACUCGGACUUUGGCGUGCGCGUGCCAGCUCCCGCCGCUGCCGCUCCCGUCGAGCGCGUACCCGAGCCGCCGACGUUCCAGCUUCCUGCCGGCAUGCGUGUUCGCGAGCGCCGGCGCGUCAACAUCCGCCCGGGUCAAGCCCUUGCCGCCGCCGAGACCACGUCGCCUCGUCCUCCGCCUCCCGCACCAGCACCCGCACCACCACCAGCAGCACCCGACUCGCUCUCGACUUCGCCCGACUCGGACUUUGCCGACCGCAUGCCGGCCCCGACUCGAGCGCAGGACAAGCCCGCCGCGCCGCCGGCGUUCCAGCUCCCGCCAGGCCUGCGCGUCCGCGAGCGCCGCAGGGUCAACAUCCCUCCCGGCGGCGUCGUCCUCGCUCCGCCGCAGCCGCAGCCGCAGCCGCCGUCGCCCGAGCGGGAACCAGAGCCGGUGAGCCGGCCGGCCACGCGCCGCCGGCAGACGAGCAACGCGUCGUCGUCGUUCGCGAGCGACUUUGGCGGCGGCCUCCCGACGCCGCCGACGCCUGCGACGCCUGCGCCUGUCCUCGCGCCGCUCGCGCGCAUGGACAGCGCGCCGCCGCCGCUGCGGUCGCCGAGCUCGGCGCAGGUCCGGGGCGACGAACCGCCGGCGCCGGAGCAGCCUCAGCAGCCGGCGGCGUUCCAGCUCCCGCCCGGACUCAAGGUCCGCGAGCGCCGCAGGGUCGACAUCCGGCCUGGCGCUGUCCUCGCCACUGCGGCGGCGCCGGACUCGCCGUCCUCGCCCGCCCCGACCUCUCCCGCACCCGCACUUGCACCCUCUCAGCCCUCGCCCGCACCCUCUCCCGCCCCAGUCGCCUUGCGCGCGCCGCCAUCACGCCGCCGCUCGUCUCGGCCUGCAUCGCCCUCCCUCUCGGGGCCCUACUUCCCUCCUCGCUCGACCUACCUCCUCCCCACCUUCUCGCGCGUACCCGCCGCUACCGCGCCGCCGCAGCGCAGCGCGCUCUCGGCGCUCCUCGCCGCGCAGGACGCCGCAGCAGGUUCAAGCGCGCGCGGCGGGCUCGCCAACCCGUUCAGCACGCUGUACGCCGCGUGCGUCGCGAGGUCGGGCGGCGCCGGCGCCGGUGCGGGGGCGGGCGGGCCUGAGGGCGACGCGCUGCGCCUCCGGUUGUUCUUCCCGCGCCAGGGCGAGGACGAGCCGGUCGAGGUGAGCGUCAAGCGGGACGUGAGCGUCGAGGAGGUGAUCGGGGUCGGGCUGUGGGCGUACUGGGAGGAGGGCAGGGAGCCGGGGCUCGAGAGCGAGGUGAGGGAGGACGAGGCGAGGGAGGGCAGGGAGACGGCGAGGUGGGACUUGCGGAUCGUCGAGGAUGGAGAGGUCGACGAGGACUUUCCAGCUCUCGAGCGCACUCGCGCCAUCUCGGCUUUCGCCUUCACGGAGUUCGCCAUCGUUCGCGCCGACGACGAGCAAGUUGACGACAACCUCGCCAAGCAGGCCACCAUCUUUCGAAGGCCCUCGCGCAUCCUCGCCUCGGCGCCUCCGUCGGCCGUCGCCCCGCCGACGACCACGAACGCGCCGACCGCCGCACCCGACGGCGCGCGCCCUUUCGACCCGCAGACGUGCGCCGCAGCCUCGGCGCUCGCCGUCCCUGUCUUGCUCAAGAUCGCGCUCCCGCCUUUGACGGCCGCCGAGGGCCUCGUCGCGCUCUCGAACGGCGAGGAGGUCGGCGUCCAGACGACCGUGCAGGUCCCGAGCGACAUGUACCUCGCCGACGUCCUCGAGCUCAUCCUCCGCAAGCGCGGCAUCCGCUCGCCCGCCCGGGACUGGGCGCUCGUCGUCCGGCUCCAGGACGGCGACCUCGUCAUCCCGCUCGACAGGACUGUCGAGAGCCUCGGCGAGCAACGCGAGCUCGAGCUCGUGCUGCGCGCCCAGGUCGGGCCCGGCGGCGUGAGGAAGUCGGCGGCGGCGGGAGGCGGGAACCAGGACCCAUCGCAAUCCAUCUUCUCGCCCUCGCACCUCAUCGCCGACAACGCCGUUCAGCCGGCCUACAAGUCGACCGCCGCCGCCGCCGCCGCAUCUGCUGCGCCGUACCUUCACUUCAACGUCCUGCGCAAGCUGCCCAUGUCGCUCGGAGGACGGCAUGCGCGUGUCGUGGCGGUCGAUGGCGACUACCUCCACUUCAUGCCGCCCGAGGCCAACCUCCCUGCCCUCACUCGCGGCCGCACCACCUCGUUCCACGUCUCGGCCGUGCGCGACUGCAAGGUCAGCCGGCGCUCGGCGACAGCGUUCAAGAUCGUCGUCCACACCAAGCGAGGCGUCGACAAGCGCUACGACUUUGAGGCCGAGAGUGCCGAGCAGGCGAGGGAGAUUGUCGCCGUCGUGCGCCGCGUCAUGGAGUUCUACCGCAACGAGCGCAGGGCGAGGUGAACGGCGCAAACCGUUUGGCGGCAAUGCAGACUAUUUCCUCUC